AUGUUGAGUAGAUAUAAACAACAAAGCAGGAAGGAAAGAAACCGAUCGGGUAAAUUCUCGAACCAAACGGGGCUCUUCCUCUCUCUACUUCAGGAUCUGUUACUCAGGGUACCCAGCUCCGAAAGAAUACGUGAAUGGAGUGACUAUUACACCAACGGAUCCCACCUCGCCGGCCAAGGCCGCCAGCAGGCCGAAUGGACUCAAGCUCUGUGGAAAGAAUUCGGGAUUCCUCAAAUGACCAUGACUACCCAUGAAACCACCCUGGAGUUUCCACGCAGCCAUCGAGUUGCACUCAUUGACAUAGGCUCAACAAAUGACACAUUACUGCAUGAAGCGACAUUUGUCGAGGAUAUCAAAGCCAAGGCGGAUUUUGGCGAGCCCCAAUUUUUGCCUGCAAUAUUUACCGGGGCCGGGGUGGGAAAUAUGACUGCUCAAUAUGUUUAUGCCAAUUUCGGCCUUCAGCAGGACUAUGAAGACUUACUUCGGGCUAAUGUCGACCUUGAGGGUAAGAUUGCUUUAGUCAAGUCUACCUUCGCCUCGUCAUUUUUGAUGCAACGCAAUUUAUCGGCACACCGUUCCAGUCAAGUGAAUGCUGCUGCUAAUCAUGGCAUUUCUGGUGUGAUCGUCUACCCAGACCCUCAGAUGGAUGGGAAAUUUACUGAAGCUAAUGGAUACUUACCAUAUCCGGAUGGCCCAGCUCGUGCACCAACUCUAAUUGAGCGUGGCUCGAUAUCGUCCCCCAACACAAGAGCUGCCAUCCCAGCCAUUCCAAUAUCAUAUGCUGAUGCCAUUCCUCUUCUUCAGGCCCUCAAUAACCAUGGGCCUCUUGCGACAGAGCUUAAUGAACGUUGGCAUGGUGGAGGACUAACUCACAAAGGUGUUUAUUAUAGCGUCGGCCCCUCACCCACCAACAUUGUCUUGAAUUUAAACAAUGACCCUAGCAUCACUCAGGGGCUGCUCUACAACGUGAUAGGCACGAUUCCAGGGAGCGUAUUCCCAGAUGAAGUGGUGAUCCUGGGUAAUCACCGAGAUUCCCUGGGCCCAGGCGCCAAUGACGGAAAUGGUGGCUCGAGUGCCCUAAAUGAAGUAGUUAGAAGCUUCGGAGUCGCGUUGGCCAAGGGGUGGAAACCUCUACGAACUGUAAUCUUUGCUAGCUGGGAUGGAGGGGAGCUCGAACUUGCCGGAUCCCAGGCUUGGAUUGAUGAAAACUUUGCCUGGCUCAAUACCAGUGUUGUUGCAUACCUUAAUGUUGUUGUCGCAGGCGCAGGAACCGAAUUUCGUGCACAAGGGAGCCCACUUCUGACCAGAGUUAUGCGUGAUGCUACUAGUAAAAUCCAGUCACCGAGUCAACCUGCAUCAUCUAUACUAGAUGUCUGGGGAGGUGAAAUUUCUCCAGGGGCUGGCGGAGAUAGUCAAUCGUUCCAAGGUUCCAUCCUGGCCUCCUCGGUGGACUUUGCUUUUGAUACCGGGCUAGAUGAAGCUAUGUUUCCGUAUCAUUCACAGUUUGAUCUAGUCGACUGGGUGGAUCGAUUCGGAGACCCAGACAGGGAACUCCACCUUGCAACCACGAAAAUUUGGUCUAUAAUGACUAGCUUACUCGCCUAUAGCCUCGUCAUCCCCGUUACACUUAAUGACUAUGCUCUGUUUCUGCGACAGAGUCUUGAUACAAUCGAACUACAGGUGCCAUUGAAGACAAUGGAUACCGGAAAGCUGCAUAAAGCAAUCAGAGACUUGCACCAAGCUACCCUAACAUUUGACUCGUAUGCUCACUCUCUUGCUGGGAAGAUCGCUCAACAACCAAAAAGCACGGAUCUCCUUCAACUGGCCCAAGACAUGAAUAAACAGUAUCUUAUUUUUGAGAGAAUAUUUGCCCACCCUAACCCGGAAACCCUUGCUGAUCGCCAUAUGGUUCUCCCUUUGAGUUCGUUCUAUACAAAGGCGACGGGAAUCCCUGUACUAUCACAGAGCAUGACUGCAGGGAAUUGGCCCGCUGCGGAAACAUACCAGGACAUACUUGUGGCCCGCAUUUAUGACAUGAUCAAGCUUUUGAAUCAAGCCGUUGGCCGGCUGAAGCAUCACGAGACAAAUGUUCAACUAGGACUAUAG